CUCUCUCUCUCUCUCAUAUAAAAUAAAACACAAUCCACCCUCGUCUCUUUAUCUCCUUCUCCUUCUCAAACUCUAAUGGCUCGUGCGCUCCAUCUCCUUAGAGGAAUUCCCCUCCUUCCUCUCCGUGUACGAAGCGCUUCCACUCCCGCCCUUGUCUUCUUCCCAUCUCUACUCAGACCCUCCCUCUUCUGCACAGCCAUCGAUCCCUCUCACCCUCACGAGAAUGCUCCUGCCACCACAGCAACAGCAGCAGCAGCAGAGAACACGGGCGCGUACACCGCCAAAGAUACUCCGCAGUACUGUCGAUCAGACAAUCCCGACUACAGAUGUUGGAAAGAUAGAGAAGCUGAAAUCCACAAAGACAUCGAGCCCAUCACUUUCCUCACCAAGGACAUUCUCCACUCCAACAGGUAUAUGGACGGUGAGCGGCUAACAGCUGAAGAUGAGAAAGCCGUGGUAGAGAGGCUUCUUGCGUAUCAUCCACAUUCUGAAGAUAAAAUUGGUUGCGGAAUUGAUUCUAUCAUGGUUGAUCGGCAUCCCCAGUUCAGGAACUCAAGAUGUCUAUUUGUUGUCCGAACCGAUGGUGGAUGGAUAGACUUCUCCUACCAGAAAUGUCUUCGAGCAUAUAUUCGCGAAAAGUAUCCAUCACAUGCGGAAAGGUUCAUACGAGAACAUUUCAAACGUAGUUAGGCAUUGACGGCCUCAUCUAAUGAGAGACUAUUAGGCAGUCACAUUAUCAUACUGGCACUCCAUUUUGAAUGACCCCGAGGAUGAAAUUUUAAUUACAUCCAAAAGGUUUGGUAUUUGUUGGGUCUCUCAUAGACAGAAGAUAUUAAUUGGAAUCGUCAAUUUUACCUGUAGAUACACCAUCUGUUUUGAUGCAAUGGUCAAAACAGUUGUAGCGCUA